UGAAAACAACUCACAACUCUCACUUUCAGCACAACUAUCAGGCGAUCGACCACAACACCAGGCCCACUGUUUCAGGUUGUGUCAGCCCACUGGUAUAAAUUUGCUAACAUACUUGUUCUCCUAGAGCGCCGACCUGCGUCCGGUGCGAGGCGAACAACAUGAACGUCGACCGCACACCUGAUGAACCACCUCGACUGGGUCUUCGAUUUGCUGGCGUCGACGGAGAAACACUACCCAACAUUGAAGAUGUGAACAACUUCAUACAAACUUCGAAGAACUUACUUGCAAAACCAACACCAGACUUCGUUGAUCAGGCAGCUCAACUCCAUCAUCUCGGAGCAGCAUACGGGGAGAGAUAUGACAGAUCUAGAACUCUUGCCGAUUUAGACAGAGCUGUCGAGCUUUUCGAGCAAUCCCUCAACCUAACGCCGCUCCAUCAUGAAAACAGAGCAUCUCGGCUUCGGGACCUGGCGGCUGCUCAUCACAACAGGUGCCUGAAAUUCGGCGGCAUCGAGCACUUGAACAAGGCGAUUCCCCUGUAUCACGAAUGCCUCGAAAAUACGCCGUCAGAAAACGAAAGGGCUUCGUGCCUCUGCGAUCUUGGUGCAGCGUAUGCAGACAAGUAUCGCAGAACCUUGGCGGAAACGGACUUAAAUACCGCAAUUCAACUGAUGCAGGAGUCUGUCGACUCAACACCAACAGAUGACGCCCAUCGAGCACCUCGACUUCUGAGUCUUGGUGCUGCGUUGGGAGAUAGAUUUCAAAGAGUAUAUGAUAGUUCUGAUAUGGAUAAAUCAAUCCCGAUCUAUGAAGAAUAUCUCGAUCGACUGCCUUUGGGUCACCCAGACCGCUCGAUUCGAUUACGAGACCUUGCCGCAGGAUUCCAGGCUCGUUAUGUCAAGUUAGGCACUGCUUCCGAUAUAGCAAGAGCAAUUAAAUUGUAUCUGCAAUCGGCCGACGAGGCACCAGAAGGCAAUCCCAGCCGAGCGGCGAGAUUUCGUGAUGUCGGAGGAGGAUACCGAGACAGAUUUAAGCAAACAGGCGACACAGCAGACUUGAGUAUGGCCAUCAAGGCCUUUCAGAAUGCUCUCGAUCAGACUCCCGGAGACGGGGAAGAACGCGCAGCCCUCCUUCAUGAGGUGGGAGCCGGGUAUGCUGACAGGUACGCAAGAAUAGGGAAUCUGGCAGACCUGAAUGCCACAAUUCCACUGGUCCAAGAAGCAGUCGACUUGACGCCCACAGAAAAUCCGCGUCGGGAAGUUCGUCUCAUUGAUCUAGGCGCAGCAAUACAUGACAGGUACAGAAGGACAGGGUCGCUGUCAGACCUUGACGAGGCAAUUGAGAUAUACCAACAAGCCGUCGAUAAAACUGCGUCCGCCAACCCGUUCUUCCCGUCCUGGGUUCAGCUACUGGGACUUGGCUGGGUAGAUAAAUAUAGGCAAACAGGCGACACUGCACACCUCGACAAGGCGAUUGAAUUGUACCAAGCCUGUGAAGAGCCCAAGCUUACAGGCAUAUCCGAGGACCUCCACGAUGCAAUGCGAGCACUCCAUGAGAUUUUGCAGAAGUCGCGAGCGGACAAUCCGCGGUGGAUAUCUCUCCGAAACAACCUUGGAGUUGCAUACCACGAGAGGUACACGCAGUCGAGGAAAAUGACCGACCUCGGCGCUGCGAUUGAUUUGUAUCAAGAGACCUUGGAGAGAACCCCACCAGAUCAUCCAACCCUAGCGAUCCGAUUGCGCACUUAUGGUUCCGCGCUCUAUACUAGAUAUCAGACGACUCAGAAGGCAGAAGACAUGCAGACUGCAAUCGAGUCUUUCCGCACAGGUCUCAACCACUCAUCAGCCCCGAUCCAGGAUCGCCUGUCGGCCGGGAGGUUUCUGCUGGGGAUUUUGGCAGAAGCGCACGACUGGGAGCAUGGCUACGAAGCUGCAAAGACGCUGAUCCGGCUUGUUCCGCUACUCGCCCCGAGAUCUCUGGAGAAUUCGGACAAGCAACACUGGCUUUCUGGAGUGGCGGGCUUGGCUUCGGAUGCUGCAGCCAUCGCGUUGAAUGCGAACAAGGACCCGUUUGACGCCGUGCAGCUCCUCGAGCUUGGCCGUGGCAUCAUCUCGGGGUCUCUGAACGACAUUCGCGCGGAUGUCGACGAGCUCGUUAGCAGUCACCCUGACCUUGGGAAGCGAUAUCUGGCGCUCCGCCAACAACUCGACACUCCUGCGCCACCCAGCCCGAUCCGACAAGUACCAUCGCAGCGAGACCCCAGCCAAGGGAUAGUCUCGUCGAUGAACGAGCACAUGAGAUCCUCGGAGCCAAUGAUUCUCCAGGGACCAAGCCGCUCCGACAUUCAGGGCUACUCCCAACCGUCGUGGCAGAGCCAAGCCAAUGUGCGCCACGAAGCCAACGGCGCGCUGGAUGAUCUCCUCGUCGAGAUCCGCAGCUGUCCCGGAUUCGAGGACUUCCUGCUUGCGCCAAGCGAGCAAGAGAUGCGAGCUGCGGCAAAGAAGGGCCCCUUGGUUGUCGUCAAUGUCAGCCAGUAUCGGUGCGAUGCAAUCCUCAUCGAAGAGCACCAGAUACGGGCGUUGCCGUUGGAAAACCUCCUUAGCCGGGAGAUUCGAGAAAAGGCGCAGUUGGGUGAUCUCGGGAAGCCGAGAACGCUUAAGUGGCUGUGGGAUACGCUCGCAAGUCCCGUGCUGGACGCGCUGCGUUUCACACAGUCUCCGACUGGUGACGAUGCAGGGCAAAGAUGGCCGCAUGUUUGGUGGAUUCCAACAGGAGCCUUGACCAAGUUCCCUCUUCACGCUGCAGGAAUCCACGCCAAAGGUGGUUAUGACACGGUGAUGGAUAGAGUCAUGUCAUCAUACAGCGCCUCUGUCAAAGCCAUCAUACACGGUCGCCGUCAACGGGUCGCCUCAUACGAGCCAGCCCAGGCUCUGCUUGUUGCUCUCAAGGAUACGCCCGGAGUUCCAACACCACUUUCGUUCACGUUGGACGAGGUCAAGGAGCUGCACCAGCUCUGCGAGUCAAUGGGGAUUGAACCCAUUGAGCCAGGUCGUCGCAAGCAAGACAUCGUCCGGUAUCUGCCGAAUUGCAAGAUCUUCCACUUUGCGGGUCACUGCCACACGAACCAUACGGAUCCAUCGAGGAGUCAGCUGUUGUUGGAAGAUGGAACAAGCGAUCCGUUCACCGUCGCGUCUCUCAUCGACUUGAAUCUCCAAGCCAAUCCGCCGUUCCUCGCCUACCUGUCCGCUUGUGGGACAGGCAAAGUAGAGGAUGAAAGGUUUAUUGACGAGAGCAUGCACCUCAUUAGCGCCUGCCAGCUUGCCGGAUUCCGCCAUGUCAUUGGCACAUUUUGGGAGGUAAACGAUAAGACCUGCGUCGACAUGGCCAAGUUCGCAUACCAAGGCAUGAAGGAGGACCAGGGCGUGACAGACGAGUCGGUCUGUAGAGGACUUCAUCACGCCGCACUCAAGCUCAGGGAUCGGUGGUUGAACACUAUGGACAAGAUUGAAUGUGAGCUUGUGGCAAAAUUAGCCAUCUCCUCAGUGCAAGAUACGACGGGAGGCUCUCGAGAUGCAGAUCAACGGGAUGACAGAGCGACACGAGACGCUGUUUUGGAUGCAGACGACGAAGAAGAAGGUGGGCCAAUGUACUGGGUUCCAUAUGUGCACUUUGGCGUUUAGAAAAGACAGUGUAAAGCGGUGUAAUGUGACGUCAAAAACAGGCCUAUACUGCUAACGGCUUAUUUAAAGUUGACUUUAAUAUUAGCUACGGGGACUUCUUACUUUUUGGCUAUUUUUUGAAGCCAGA